AUUUAUAUCAGUUUACAAAUGAACUUUGGACUUAAUACUUCCUUUCUCUACAGUCGGACAGAUGGCUGCCUCAGAUGUUAUACUGUGUGGUAUCUGUGUUGCUCAGCAUGUUUCACAAGUUGCUGAUUACUGGUGCCCUGAAUGUGAUGAAGGUCUGUGUUCGUCCUGUAAAAAUUAUCACGGCGUGUCAAAAGCCUCGAGGCAACAUGGAAUUAUUUCUAUCGACCACUACAAGAAACUUCCGGCUGAGAUAUGUAAAAUUGAACAGAACUGUACAGAGCACGACAAGAAAUUCCAAAUAUUUUGUCCAGGUCAUGACAAACUUUGUUGUAUAAUUUGCAUAUUCGAAAAACACAAAGAGUGCACUGGAAUGUUUAUAAUUGACGAAGCCAUUAAGUCAUCAAGAUCUUCCACUUUGUUUGGCAGCUUGGAGGAGUCUCUAAAAGAUAUUCAAGAAAACAUUGAAAGAGUAGUAAAGGACCGGAAAGCCAAUCUUGCUGACAUAAAACAACAGCAUUUUAAAAGUUUAAAUGAUAUAAAAGAAACAAGACAAAAAUUAAAUUCCCGCUUAGAUGAGUUAGAGAAAAACAUAAUAGACGAUUUGAAUUCAACUGAAGCACAACUUAAACUCAAGAUUGAAACCCUCCUUAAUAAGUUAUCCACAAAAAUGAAAACAAUUGAGCUUUUGAAGAUAAAUCUGAUGUCCGUCAAACAACACGGAUCCGAUCUGCAGGCUUUCAUUGGCAGUAAAAUGCUAGAAAAAGACGUCACUAAGGAAGUAAAUUACGUACGAAACAUAUCGGAAGAUGAUGGAUUUAGCCAAUUGGGAUUGAAAUGCCAGAUAGACGAUAAGAUUACAGACAUAUUAUCAAAAAUUAUUGCAUUUGGAUCCAUAGUAAUUGAAAAAAGUCAGUCGUCAAUCGUCAUUGGCGUCGGUCAAGAAAAGCAGGCUCAGAUUUUUACGGCUGUACCACCCCGUAGUAGAUCGAUUGAUGAUAUUACUGCUUCAUUGAUAGGGGAAUUCGAGGUUCAAACAAGAAAAAGAAACUCGUCUAUAACAGGCCUAUCUGUAUUCCCUGACGGAAGGAUAAUAUUUUCGGACUGGCGAAAUGACAAUAGAUUAAUUAUCGUUCAUAGUGAUGGAAAUUUAGACACUGAAAUAUCUGUUUCACCUCUACAACCGUUUGAUGUUACAUGCAUCGAUGACAAAACGGUAGCUGUUACAACGUUAUAUAACAAUACAAUAGUCAUUGUAGACACGGAGAACAAACAAGUAACCAAUAAAAUCAAAACAGGCACAUCUCGAGGUAUAACAAACAGACAAGGACAACUCUUAUACUGUGAAGUAGGGAAAGGAAUCGCAGCGUUAAACGUAGCAAACAAUAAAGUAAUUGCUACAGUGGAAGAUAACACCUUAGUGAAUUUUUGGAGUUAUAUUACAACCUCGGGAGAGAACAUUUACUAUACAGGUUGUGGUUCUACUGUCAAAUGCUACAGUGUAAGGGGAGAGAAACGUUGGGAAUAUAAGGAUCAAUCAAUUCUGAGUGAUCCAACUGGAAUAGCUGUUGAUCAACACGGCAUCGUAUACGUGAUUUCGAAUAGAGACAAAUGUGUCGUGUUGAUAUCGGCAGAUGGUAAAAAUGGCAGAACAUUACCAAUCACUGCGAAGGAUGAAGUUCAUUAUGCAUACGGAAUUUAUUUUCAUAUCAACAAACUGUAUGUUGUAUUGAACUCUGGAGUCCUCCUCAAAUUUGACAUUGCAUAAUAAAUAUUCAAGGUUAUAUUUAGUUGUGAAAAUUUUUAUGAAAAGAUGUACAUAGAUAAAUAAAAUCGUAUAAUAUAAAACAUAGAUUAAUAAAAUCGUAUAAU